AGUCUCAUCUAUUCACAUCUAUCGAAACUAGGCCAUCUCUAAUUAAAAAGGUUUGUUGUGGUCGGCAAGACCGCCAAAACGUAAACAACAUGAGCUUCAUACAGUUUGAGAGUGCCAGGGAAAAGGACAAAGCUCGCCAGGAACUUCGCGAUGCCCGCGCUGAAAUGCUCCAGCAGGCCAAGGACCGCGCUGAGCUUCGCAACCAGAGGGAGCGCCAGAAAGAACUGCGCGGCGAAGGGGCCACCUGGAUGCUCCCAGCAGUGGCACAGAAACUGGAGAAAUCUUCUUCCAGCUCCUCCUCGAAAAAGGCAAAAAAAAAAAAGAAGGCAGAGCACAAAUCCAAAUCUAAAAACAAGAAAUCAUCCAGGAAAAAGAAGAAAAAGCGUCACAGUAGCAGCAGCAGCAGCGAUAGUAGUAGCGAUAGUGAGAGUUCCAGCUCCAGCUCUUCCUUAUCCAGUGAGGAUGAAAAGGAACGCCGGCGACGUAAGAAAAAGUCAAAGAAGAAGCGCCAGGAAAGCAACAGCGAGGACGAGUGGGUGGAGAGGACUCCGGCCGCUGAGGUGCCUCUGCAACGCGACAACUGGAUGACCAACGAGGCUCUCCUGCUGAAGACCUUUUCGAAGGAGCAGAAACAGCCAACGAAGCCGAACGAGAAACUCCAGCAAAUAGAUGCCUAUGAUCCGGCCAAAAGCGGACGUGAACUGAAUCCUUAUUGGAAGAGUAAUGGCACGGGCCUGCCCGGCUUCCAGAAGCCACAGGACGAUGACGACUCCGGGGAGCGGGGUGCAAAGCAGCACUCGAAUUCUGGUCAGAGUUCCUCCUCUCGCGGAUGGCGAAAGCCCUCUGCCAAGCCACCCUCGCCCAGGAGAAGCAAAUCCGUGUCAGAAAGCGAGUCCUCUGGCGAGGAACCUGAACCGGAAAAAGCACCUGCUCUCCCCUGCUUGACCGAUGAGCAGAUCAACGAGUUGGCGGGAAAGGCCAUCAAGGCGGAGCUCAAGGGCAAGAAGGAGCUGGCGGCUGAUCUUAAUCAGCAGCUGGAGAACGCACGCAAGGCGCGGGCCGAGUUCCUGGCGUCCGGCAAGUCCAUACCGAAAGCCAGUGCCAAGGAUCCGAAGAAGAAAUCCGCAUCCGAGCAUGUUCUUCUCACCAAAACGGAUCAGAGCGGUAACGUGCGGCCACUGGUGCACGCUGGGGCGCAGAGUAGCCCCAACGAUCUGUAUGGAGGAAGCAAGGGACGGAAACGCAGCAACAAGAAGGUGGAGACACAUGUGGACGGCCAGAGGGUGCGCUACUUUGCCGAUGACGACCGAUAUGACAUUAAGCAAAUGUUCGAGCGGGAAAAGCAUGCCACUGCCGCCGAGUCCAACCUGCAGUACGCCGACAUUCUGUCCAAGCACAAGAAUCCCAAUGACGAUCUUGAGGACUUGUUUGCCGACAAAGUGCGCAAGCAAAUCUCACCUGGCGACGCCGAGAAGAGGGAACUCCAGAGCGCCAUCAAGGAACACGAGAAGAUGGCGGCCAGCCUGAAGAACUGUGAGCGCUGCUUCGACUCCGCCAAGCUGGACAAGCAGCUGUUGGUCUCCAUGGGCGACAAGAUCUACCUAAGCAUACCCUGGUAUGUUGGCCUGCAGAAUGGCCACUGCAUCCUGACCACCUUGCAGCACGUGUCCUGCUGCACGCAACUAGACGAGGAUGCCUGGGAGGAGCUGAGUAACUUCCGCAAAGCGCUAACCCGCAUGUUUGCCGCCCGACGGCAGGACGUGGUGUUCUAUGAGAUUGCCAACAAGCUGCAUCGCCGACCACAUCUCAGUGUCCACUGCAUCCCCAUUCCCUCUAGUCAGGGAGAAAUGGCUCCCUUCUAUUUCAAGAAAGCCAUCGAGGAGUCGGAACAGGAGUGGUGCAUCAACAAGCAGCUGGUUUCCCUGCGCCAGAAGUCGCUGCGGGCAGCCAUUCCCAAGGGUCUGCCCUAUGUGUGGAUCCACUUUGGCAUGGACUCGGGCUUUGCCCACGUAAUCGAAGAUCAGGACCGUUUCCCCGCCAACUUUGCACAAGAAAUAAUUGGUGGAAUGCUGGAACUGAAUCCCAACUCCUGGCGCAAGCCACGAAAAGAACAGAAUCCAGUUGGCAAGGUCAAGUCCCUUGCAGAAAUGUGGAAGAAGUAUGAUUGCACUGAGCAUUAAUUAUAAUUGUAAUAUUGUAAUAUAUUAUGUUUUAAAAAUGUUACUCUGAUAAGAGUUUGUAGUUCCGAUGGAACUUCUAAGGCUUGUAGGGGUGGCUUGUAUAGUUCUUAAGAUAAACAAACAUUUUACUUGAAAA